CAAUGAAAUUUAUUACUAAUGAAGUAAUAAAACAAAAUGUAUGAAACGUGUAACGUGUAACUUACCUAGUUUAUUAAUCUCAUUUUGGCUAUCGUGAAUGAUUCUAAUGAAAAUGAACUGCAUUAUAUUUUUCCUUUUCAUCCUGACCUCUUACAACGGAAUUAUCAAAGCCUGGGAUGACAUCGACUUCCAAUUGUUUGAUAUGGUUGAAGAUAUAAAAAUGAAUUUUUACGAUGUUUUGGAAGUUGGAAAGGAUGCAACAUCUUCAGAGAUACGUCGUGCAUACCGUCAAUUAUCGCUAAAACUACAUCCAGAUCGAAGCGACGAUCCACAUGCUGAAGAAAAAUUUCGUCGGCUUGUCUCUGUUGCGGAGGUUUUAAAGGACGAUGAGAAAAGGAAAAGGUACGAUGCUAUACUAAAGAAUGGAUUACCGGAUUGGAGACAGCCUGUGUUUUACUAUCGGCGUGUCCGAAAGAUGGGCUUCUUGGAGUUUUUACUUUUCAUUUUCAUCAUUUUUACUGUUGGUCACUUUAUUAUUGCAUGGUCAGUAUAUCUCGAAAGAAAGUUUGAACUGGACGAAGUUUUGACAUCGUUCAAAAAGAAGAAGGAGAAAAGGAAUAGGAAAUUUCUAAAGCAAGGAGGUGUAACAAAUGAUGUUCAAGUUGAAGACAUGUUAGAUGAGGAAGGAGUUCGCAAACCAACAUUUUGGGAUCUCUUGCCAUUCGUUAUUUAUCGAUUCAUUGUCUCAUCCAUACAGCAAGCUCGCUUGAGAAGGGAAUUAGCCAGACAACAGAAGAUAGAACAGCACAAACUGGAUGAGAAAGAAAGAAUUGAGAGACAAAAAGAGCUUGAGAAUGCACUGAAACCCAAACCACGACGUCAACGCGUUCAACAUCCUGGAAUUAGUUCCGCGGAGGUUGCUCAAUGGGAAGGCGCGCCUGUGACCGCGCAGCUGUCACGUGGUGAUGGUAAUCAUUCCAACUCGACAGACAUCGCUAAUGGAGGAAUAUUUAGUCAGAGUAAAGAUGGUGAAUGGAACCAAGAAGAUCUGUCGAAGUUAUCCCGCUUGAUGGUAAAAUAUCCUGGUGGUACACCUGGUAGAUGGGAAAAAGUUGCGCUAGAUAUGGGUAGAUCUGUCAAAGAUAUUACGUCACACGUGAAACAAAGUAAAACCAUGAUCAAAGAUCAGGCAAUCCCGCAUCCAGCUGAUUUGACAAGACUUCUUCCAAACAAGAAAGCGUCAAGUCUUAAUGACAAUAUUGUUACUCAAGCUGUUUGCGUUGACCAAGAUUUAACAACAUCUAUAGAUCAUCAGUUGAAGACAAAUUUUAAUAAUGUCAAAGACAACGAAACAUGGGAAACUACCGACAAGGGAUAUAAUACAGUUAGUACGACAAAAUCAAAUGAUUCUUUGUGGACUCAAAAUCAGCAAAAACAAUUUGAGAAGGCUUUAGCCACGGUGCCUAAGGAUGCAUCUGAUAGAUGGACUCAAAUUGCAAAAAAUGUUCCUGGAAAAAGCAAGGAAGAAUGUAUUGCCAGAUAUAAAUUCCUGGUGGAAAUGCUAAAGAAAAGGAAGAAAGAGGCAAAACAAAAUAACGAAACAUAAUUACGUGUAUUCUAAAUUAUUGACGUAGAGAAAUAUGUAUUUUUUUAUUCAGACGAGGUAAUUUGUAAUGCAGUUAAUGCCAAAGUUUAUUUAGUAAAAAAUAUGACUGUGUAAUUGGUUUUGUUUUUGGAAAUAUACCGUACUAUAGAGGCGCGUAA